AUGAGUGGUUCAAGUAUUGCGGUGGCCUCACGGGCUGUCGAGUCCAGAACGAUGUCGCCCUUCCAUGCCUCCCACCCACCACCACAACCACAGAACCGACCGGUGCUCACCGGCCGUGCCCUGCCCAAACCCCCGCCUUCCGCUUCCAGCCUGGAUGCUGCUCCGGUCGAUCACUCCCCCGGUUUCAAGAGCCUGCCGCCUCUGCCAGGCUUGGCCGCUUUUGAUAUCCCGUCCUUCGACCUUACCACCACCACAAUCACCACUAUCGCAAUCCCUCAGCGGCCCGCCACAGCAGUCGACAGAACCGUCCAGGUCGACUUUACAGGCCAAAACGAAGCCGUGGGCGAAACGGUAACCGGUUCCACAGUGGUGGGCGGCCACGCUCGCAACAGGAGCAGAUCAAUGGUCGACCGUCCACUCUCAUGGCUUCCGGGCUCCAAAACCGCCCCUAGUGUGGUGGUUACGGAGGAGCAAAGCCCUAAGCGACUUGCAAAGCAGAAUGUAGCGGCUUCACAAAACGGCACGACACCAGCAGGCAAGCCAUUGGAAAGAUCGCGGACCGUGGAGUCGUUCGCCGACUUUGCGAGACGGUCUUGGAUCUCGAAAUCGAGGUCGCCUUCGCCCCCAAGCAGCAAACCGGACAAGUCGCGGGGCACCGCGGGCCGCACUCUCUUUGCUGAGAGCUCGGCGACCACACCCGCCAACACCGUUACCGCUGCCGAUGCACCGAGCGGCAAAAAGAGCGCGCUAAACCGGGCCAGUAUCUACCUGACGAGAAUAAAGCAGAAACCCCAGGCCGUCUUUUCUCGAAAUUCCGCGUCUACCACCAACAAAGCCCCUGCCGAGGGGGGCCAAGCAACAAGCGACUCCGAGAGCGUCACCCCCACACCCUCGAGCCUCAGCCUUCCAAGCCCGGUGCUCCCCACAAAGAAUGCUUCUUACAAUAGUGUCAGCUCGUCCACGUCUCGUGCAUCCUCGCAGGCUCCAUCCGUCGAUACCGAGGCGGAUACCGACACAGCGACGGCUAGCAGCACGUCCGAGAUUGCAUCUCACUCGACCGUCGAAACCAACCUAACAAUGCCUCACCCGACCUCACGGGACCCUCUGUGGGCAACCUACCGCACGCUCGACCUGGAGUUCUCGAAAUUUGCCAGCAAGGGCUCGACUACAGGGCGAAUGAGUGUCGUGCGCGCCAUCCUAGUGCCCUUUUUGCGGAGCACGGCAUACCACCCGUCAAACUCGAACCGGUCCAUUCUAGCCGCCGAGGACGUCGACCGCCGAGCGACCAUCUUGAACAAGUGGUGGAAUGGCCUUUUGGCGAUGCUUAUCGGCGCCAAUUCGAGGCUCCCGUCCGGGUUUGGCCAGGGUAUGGCGGCUCUCGGUGUGAACUUCCCAGUGUUGCAACCCGUGGCAGGCGUGGAUCGCCCGAUCCUGCUGGAAGCGACCACUAUGAUCAUGAUGCGCCCGGAGUGGAGGGCUUGCACAAGCCAGUACCAGCCCCUGGACGAACGCUGCUCGCAAGAAAGGGUCCGCCCCAGGUCGGGAACGCGCUCGAGCGUGGACACCGACCCCGAUUCGCUGCUUGCUGAGUCGGCCGAGCACAACAUCCGAACCAUGUUUGUUGCCAACCUCACGACGCAAAUGGCGCUGGUUGUCGACAAACUGUCGCUUCGGCACGCGCCGAUGAGCUUGGUCAAUUGGUGUGGCAAGGCGUGUGCCUACGCUUUCUUCUUUGUCCCGGGCGUUUCGGACGUUCUUGUUCGGCUGUGGGGGUUGAAUGCCGAUCUGCUGCGCAGGGUGGCCGACGAGUUUGGGUUGCCGAGGAGGAGCAAGGGAGAGAGUGACGAUAUUGUUGCCCUGUUCCCGUCACACAUGCACAAGCUCGGCUGGUCCUCGGUCAAAUCCCUCGGGGAUAAGUUGCGAGUGGCUGCGAAACUGCCCCUCUUGCUUGCCAAAAUUCACUGGCACGGCCCUUGGAUGUCGAGGUGGCGUGGCGGGGAUACCGACCUGGUGUUCAUCUUCUGCAAGUAUUUUUACAUUCUUUCGCAGGACUUCAUGCCAGAGGGUCUCCCGCUCGUCGAGAAAGCGAGGUCUCCGGCGUUUGUGCUGGUCCAUGCCCAGUUGCUGUCGAUUCUGGACAGCACCAUCUGCCGCCAGGCCUCGCUCGAUGCUCUCCUCGGGCCACCCCUUUCCGACACUCUCCACGGGGCGGACGCUGCCCUCACAGCACCGCAGCUUCCGAGCAACCUGAUGAAGGGCAUGGAUGAAAACCGGCUGAUAGUUUUGCUGAGGGACAUGUUGUCGGAUAAAGCUUUCGGGGUGUUCCAGGAAGUCAAGCAAACGUUUGCUGAGGCGUUCUUGGCUGUGACGAAAGCUGCUGCAAAGCGGACGCCGCGGUUCGAGCACGCAUCGUGCUUCAUGUUGUGCGACUUCCUCGAGGAAGCCCUCCUGGCCCUUGACACGUUCCAGACGACCGUGAACACCAGCAUUGCAACAUCACCGAUGGAGGGCAGUGAGCCCUCCGAUUAUUUCACAACCCCCAGCAGCCCGACCAAGGCCAUCGACUGUGUCGAUUGGCCGUUCUGGUUUGACGUGGGCAAGAUAAUCAUGGACUCGAACAACACCAUGUCCGAGAUCCGCAUCUUAUCCUUUCUCUAUUCAAUGUGGGAUUCUAUCACGGCGGACCCCGCCCGCAAGGAGGCCGUCUGUCUCGACUGGUUGUUGUCUGAUGAGAUCUUUGCCAAGUUCUUCAGCCACUGGUGUCCGAUGGUGCGAGCCUACUACAUGCGCUUGCUGUGCUGGCGGAUUUGCAGAGACGCGGGGAGCUCUAACGAGGUAGACGUAAAAAUCUUCCUUGUUGUGUCACAGCGGUUGAGGACGGUCUGGUCACACUACCUCUGGCUUAGGCAGGACGCCGAGCUUAAAAAACGGGUGCACCCAUCCACAGCGCCCGCGUACCCGGCACCGGGCAAGCGGUUCUUGAUCAUUCGCAGCGAGGUUCACCCCCCGCAACCCUCACACCGGCUCGGCUUCGACUCAUCUGGCACUUUCCCACCUUUGGACUCGUUCGACCACAUUGUGCCGACCCAGGUUAACAACGAUGACAGCUCGCCCGAGAAGGAGAAGGCGGACGCGAAUCUCUCUUUCAAAAAGAGAUGGUCACUGCUCGGCAAGGUGCUCCCGUUCGGUCCAAUGCAAGAGGGGCCAAAAGAGACGAAGCGCACUUGGGAAGAGGAGCUGGAACAAGCUCGCCGCGAUACCGCCGCAUCUCGGUUGACAGCCCGAGGUGGGAAGUGGAAUGCCUCGCACCUAUCAGCCCCGCCCACUCCGCCGAAGCAAGGGCCUUCAGGCGGCGUGACGCCAUCCUCGAAUUCGGUGUCGUCGGUUGGGUCGGUGCCUACUUUUGAUGCUACGACGUUUGUCUUCCGUUUCACACUCACCUGGCAAGCCGGUCCCGGGGGUGGGCCAAUGCCGUGCCCGCCUAGCCGCGACCGUAUCAUCACGCGGCCUCGCCUGCCUGCGCCCGCGCAGUCCCGGGUUAGUGUUCGCACAGCUGGCCAGACCAACGUUUCGGCGACAAACGGGUCCUUACCUUGCCGGAGCGACAGCCCACCACCGCUCUCGCCUGGAAUGCCGCCCGAGACGCGCCGGGUCAGCGGUUUGCUGCAUACGGGAUUGAUCAGCGAGGCCCGGAACGCCCGGCCCCUAUCGAUGAUCGAUAACGGACCUCGCAAGUCGUUGACCAAAGACAGUGAGAAGCGGUUGUCGUUGAGCAUCAACAUUGCGCCACUACGCUUGGAGAACGACCACGACAACGCGGGUGAUGCCGAGAAGGGAUCCGAUGGGCGAAGUGUGCAGUCCCCGGCCAGUAUCGUGGAGUUCAGCGGUCUGGAUACGGAUUCGACCACACCUUUGCCACUGCCGGCUCCAGCGGUCCUUGCUGAGCGCCCCACGGGUGUCUAUGCGCCUGCGGCUGUGUACGCCGGGCGGGCUCUUGCCGAGUGGGCACUAGUGGUGAGCGAAUGCAAUAACUUCGUGGACCGCCGACGUGAUGAGGGCGUGCUGGGUUUGAGCGAUGUUGAGGUCCCGACGCUGAGCGUCGAUGGCCUGGGAAUGCGAGCGCGCGGUUAA